CCUACGGUAAUCUAAGCAACUCCUCUCUCCACCGCUUAUCGGACCAAUUCCUUAUCCGAACGUUGUCUUCUUCUCUCUGCUGGUCUGCAUUUCCCAUAUCUUUAUCUCUUCAUCCACACCACUUCUUCUUAUCUGCUGAUUUUCUUGAUUGAUUUUAGGGAUUUCCCUUUUGCUUUUCCCCUCUUCUCCUACUUCAGUAAUCAUCGCGCUCAACGCCUACUCUUUUGAUUCAUUGAGGGUUUCUCUCUUUUUAUUCAUUCUUUUGGAAAAAGUUUGAAUUUUUGUUCCUGUUCCUGGGUUGGGUUGGGAUUUUGGUUUUUUGGUGGUUUUUUUAGUUGUGGGUUGUGAUAUGGGUUUGGUUACUGUUUUCCUGGAGAUUUUGAGGCAACCCACGAUUGGGGGUGUGGUGAGCGAGUUGAUGAUGUUUAUUGCGCCUUUAUGGGUCGCUGUGAUUGUUGGGGUUUUGGUUGGGUGGGCAUGGAAGCCAAAGUGGGCAAAUUUGGGCAGGGAAAUGCUGGAGGAUUGUUCUGCUUCAAAGGACACUGCUGCUGCGUCUCCCAACACAUCUUCGACGGGUUUUGGUUCUAUUUCAGGAUUGAAUUCAAUUAAGUUUCAGAUACCCAGUUGCAUCUCUUGGAUUGCCGAUGAUGGAGCUCAAAAGGACUCUUCAACUGUGCCACCUACCCUCGAUUCCAAUUGCAGUUCUUCUACCCAACUGGUGGAAGUAAAAACAGGUCUUGUUACUGGGGAAGAUUUAGAGCAUUUGUGUAGACUUGUUGAGGUUAAAGACGGAGGACCUGCUUGGAUUCAGAUGAUGGAUCGUUCUACUCCAACUAUGAGCUAUCAAGCUUGGCGGAGAGAUCCUGAGACUGGACCUCCACAAUAUCGCAGCAGGACUGUUUUUGAGGAUGCCACUCCUGAGUUGGUCAGAGAUUUCUUUUGGGAUGAUGAAUUUCGAAUGAAGUGGGAUGACAUGCUUAUCCAUUCUUCAACCUUGGAGGACUGCCCCACCACAGGAACCAUGGUGGUUCAGUGGAUUCGCAAGUUUCCCUUCUUCUGUAGUGACAGAGAAUACAUUAUAGGCCGCCGAAUCUGGGAGUCAGGAAGGUUGUAUUAUUGUGUUACUAAGGGAGUUCCAUCCUCUGUGCCAAGACGUAACAAACCCAGGCGUGUUGAUCUGUAUUAUUCAAGUUGGUGCAUACGUGCAGUUGAAUCAAGGAGAGGGGAUGGCCAGCUGACUGCAUGUGAGGUUUUACUAUUCCAUCAUGAAGAUAUGGGUAUACCUUGGGAAAUUGCAAAGCUUGGAGUCAGACAGGGCAUGUGGGGAGCUGUCAAGAAGAUUGAUCCUGGCUUACGUGCAUACCAGAAGGAGAGAGCAUCUGGAGCAUCCCUCUCACGAUGUGCUUUCAUGGCUCAGAUAAACACUAAAGUAAGCGCAGACUACCUGAGAUCACUGGAAAGCAGCAAUAAUGACGCAUCAGAGUUGGAGACACAUGAUUCAUCCAAGAAACAGUCAGGAGGGAACAACAUCCCCAGGCUUUUAGUUGUAGGUGGGGCUAUCGUCCUUGCUUGUACCCUGGACCGGGGGCUGCUGACCAAGGCAGUAAUAUUUGGAGUAGCCAGAAGGUUUGCAAACAUUGGAAGGAGGUUGUGAUUCAAAACUCUUGGCGCAUCCUUCCAAAGAUGCAAACCAAGUAAAUUGCUGCUGGAGGGAAGGAAAUCAUUCCCAUCAACCAAUCUCGUUACUUGCCUGCACUUUUCAAAGGAUACAAGCUUGCUAUUCUUUUCUUGUUAUGCUUCAGCCAUGAAGCAGCUUCAGAUCGGGGAGAAGAGGGAGAGAUCAUGUAUGUAUUUGUCUUCCUUAUUUUCAAAGAAAGCUGUCAUAGAAGGAUCUCAAGCUGCAAGAAUAACAAGAAUAUAGAUUCCCUUUUUUUGGUUUUUUUGUUUUGGUUUUUUUUUUUUUUAGGUUCAAGGCUGCAAUUUUAUUUUCCAUGCAUAAUUGAUUGUUAUGGCUGAGUUUGACUUAUGGAAUAGGUAUUCCAUAUGGUUAAAGCAUAUCUACUAGGUAAAUUGUAAAUUAGUGAGAAAAUAGAAGGGAUAAAGAAUACAUAUUCUUUAUAUCAAUUUUUCCUAAUAAAGUGAAAUAAGAUGGAAUACCUAAC